UUGAUUUUGUACUAAUUUAAAAUUUGUUUUAAUUUUUUUAGGUGACAGAACCUUUGGUAAGGGUUCUUCGUAUGGUGGAUGGAGAGGGCAUGCCAAUGGGUUUCAUUUAUGAGGCCAUGUAUAGGGCCAAAGAGGCCAUUUCACAUUACUAUCGUGGAAAUACAAGAAAAUGUGAAAUCCUUUGGCGCAUCAUUGAUCGUAGGUGGACAAACCAACUCCACCAACCGAUACAUGCCUUCGCCUACUUUUUGAACCCGAAAUUCUACUUCUCUGAUUCAUUUAGGGCUGAUGAGGAGGUCAUGGCAGGUGUUAUUACAUGCAUUGAUAAGAUGACACCUGAUCCUGAGUUGAGAGACAAGGUUCUUGAUGAGUUGGAGAUCUACAAAAGUGCAGAGGGGAGACUCUUCUCAUCACAACUAGCAAUUGAUAGGAGAGGAAAACAACAACCAGGUAAAAAAUUUAGUAACUUAGUUCAAUAGUGCAAGAAAAAACCUACAAACUUGAUUGUUACAUUUUUUUCUCAAUUCUAAUAUUUCUAAAUGUUUUUUGUAGAUUUAUGGUGGGAGAAUUAUGGUGCCGGCACGCCUAAUCUUCAAAAGAUAGCUAUCCGUGUUUUGUCUCAACCAUGCAGUGCUUCUGGGUGUGAACGAAAUUGGAGUGUCUUUGAGAGCAUUCACACAAAGAAGAGAAAUAGAUUGUCACAAAAGCAGCUCAAUGAUCUAGUAUUUGUUCGGUACAACCUUCGCCUUCGAGUUAGACAGGUGGAGGGUGUUUCACAUGAGGCCAUUGAC